UGGUUCGGCGCGGGGGCCGUUGGCUCCAGACAAAUAAACAUGGAGUCCAUCUUCCACGAGAAACAAGAAGGCUCACUUUGUGCUCAACAUUGCCUGAAUAAUCUAUUGCAAGGGGAAUAUUUUAGCCCUGUGGAAUUAUCCUCAAUUGCACAUCAGCUAGAUGAAGAAGAGAGGAUGAGAAUGGCAGAAGGAGGAGUUACUACUGAAGACUACCGCACAUUUUUACAGCAGCCUUCUGGAAAUAUGGAUGACAGUGGUUUUUUCUCUAUUCAGGUUAUAAGCAAUGCCUUGAAAGUUUGGGGUUUAGAACUAAUCCUGUUCAACAGCCCAGAGUAUCAGAGGCUCAUGAUCGAUCCUAUAAAUGAAAGAUCAUUUAUAUGCAAUUAUAAAGAACACUGGUUUACAGUUAGAAAAUUAGGAAAACAGUGGUUUAACUUGAAUUCUCUAUUGACGGGUCCAGAAUUAAUAUCAGAUACAUACCUUGCACUUUUCUUGGCGCAAUUACAACAGGAAGGUUACUCUAUAUUUGUUGUUAAGGGUGAUCUACCAGAUUGUGAAGCUGACCAACUCCUGCAGAUGAUCAGGGUCCAACAGAUGCAGCGACCAAAACUUAUUGGAGAAGAAUUAGUUCAGCUAAAAGAUCAGAGAGUCCAGAAAACAGACCUGGAACGAGUCUUAGAAGCAAAUGAUGGAUCGGGAAUCUUAGAUGAAGAUGAGGAGGAUUUGCAGAGGGCUUUGGCACUAAGUCGCCAAGAAAUUGACAUGGAAGAUGAAGAAGCAGAUAUCCGCAGGGCUAUUCAGCUCAGUAUGCAAGGUAGUUCUAGAAACAUAUCACAAGAUACUCCACAGACAUCAGGUACAAAUCUUACUUCAGAAGAGCUACGAAAGAGAAGAGAAGCCUACUUUGAAAAGCAGCAGAAGCAGCAGCAACAGCAGCAGCAGCAGGUGAAUCUGCCAGGACAGGUUUCACAUCCAUGUGAAAGGCCAACCACAAGUUCAGGAGUACUUGGGAGUGAUCCAGGUGAUGUGAUGAGCGAAGAAGACAUGCUUCAGGCAGCUGUGACCAUGUCUUUAGAAACUGUUAAAAAUAAUUUGAAAACAGAAGGAAAUUAAUAACUUUAAAAAAAUUAUUUAGAUAUUCAUGCUUUCCAACAUUUUUCUUUGUGAUUGCAGCAUAGGGACCAAUUUGGUAAUGUGUCAAAGAGAACAAUGUUCAACAGAGGAAGUAAGACUUCUUUAGUGUGGUUUGCAAACAAAAUGAUGAAAAGGUGAAAAUGUGUUAGUUGUAAGACUAAAUGAUCCCCGAGAUACUACCCAAAGAGGCAUUCAGCAAUUAAAGAAAUUUAAAAUAGUUUUCUAAAUGUUCUUUUUUCUUUUCUGUGUAUGCAAUACCUAACAUGUCUAUAAUUAGAGCAUUUUUCUUGGGGCUUUUUGCAGACCAACUAAUUAACUUUUGCCACAGAACUUUUUUCAUACAUUUUAAUUUUCUUUUUCUAUAUUCUGUGGUUAAUUUGGCUCACUUUCACUAUAUGUUAGUGAUGUUGCUUUUAUUUCUCAUUAACCAGAUUGAUCUUUCAAGGAUGUGUCUGUUGUCUGUGUUGAUAAUAGUAAUGGUUCCAGAGGGAUAACUGUUCUCUCUCCAACUGUGUGUUGAGCAGUUGGGAGUUCUUUCGUGUUAUUGUCACUAAUCACAAUUUCUCUGAUACCUACUUUUCAUUAUUUUAUACAACUCUUUUGAAAGAUAAUUUUUUUUUGAGGUUUUGCUUUUUAAGUCCCCUAAGAUGGGAUCAUUAUUUCAUGACUCCGGUGCAUUCCUAAACUCUGAAAUCAGACCUGCACAAAUAUUUGAGAAUAAAUGAGCAUUUUUGUGUGUGUGUGAGCACGUGCUUUCCUAGAUGCUUUAUGAAUGUCUUCUCAAUCAUGUCUGAACUUGAAGCUUUGUCAUAACCCCUUUCCUUUACCUUGUUAUUUCCUUCCUUCUCCAAUUGAGAAAAAUAUGGCAACAUAGUAUGCAAGUUAAGUUUUCUUCUUUUAUAAGACAUAACACGAGACCCACCAUGAAUGUAUGAUAGGCAAAAUUUGGUCUUCAAUUUUAGUAGCCAUUUCAUUUUAUUUUUCUCUCAUGACUGGCGCUUUCUGUUCUACUUAUGCUUAAGUCCCAAGGAAUGCAGAUAUCUGCUCCUGCUGUACGUCUUUUGAUAGACACAACUUAAACUGAAGAUGAUCUAGAACAUGACAAUAAUUUACUAAUGAGAAUAUAUUUAAAUUUAUACCAUGAUUUGACACUUGCAUUAUAACAUUUAAAAAGCUUAAGUAUUAUAGAAGUCAGAUAGUACUUAACGGUCUGUAAAUAAUAAAGUCCUUAGUUUUGAUAAACAUUCUUUAACAGGGAUUCAUAGAGAGUUUCUUUCUGGAUCAAUACAGUAGGUAUGAUUUGGUGAAAAUUAACCAUGUUUCUCUGAAAUGGACAUUUUGGAUUCUAUCAUCUGCUCCAUAGCCCCUCACUCUCCACCUCCUUUUGGAACUCUUUUGAAUGUUUUAUUGUUCAUAAGCUAAAUAUCAAGAAGAAACGUCAGCUGCCAACUUAGAAAAUUAAAGUAUGGUAUGUUGCCAUACUGGUGGAUAGCUGCACACAUGUUUUCAGGGAAAUUUUUUUGAUCUAGGAUUUAUUGCUAACUAACUAAAAAGAGAUAAAAAUGCCUUUUAUUUAUGAUUAUAAACAGCUUUUUAUUGGAUAGAAACUGAUUUUUUUUUUAGUCAUUGUUUUGUGCCAAAUAAAGUUUUGUGAAAUUUCCCUUACACAAAUUUAGACAGUUUUUCAUUUUAAAAUCUAAAGUUUGUUUUUUUUUUAACAAUUGAAAAUGUUUCAGAAUAAUUAUAAAACAUUAGAACUGAAGGGAUGUUGAAGGUUAGUACUCUUGCCUCAAGAUUUGCAAAUCUUCCACAUAUUUUAAGACUGAACAUUUCUGUAAUUAUCCCCAGUAUGCCAGUCAUAUUUUCCUUGGCCAUUUGGCUUUCAACUUUUCCCAUUGAAAAAUUUCAUUAAAUUUUUGUACACUUGAAUUGAUGAGCUACCUAAUAUAAAAUUGAGGAAACUAAUAUGUAUUAAAGUAUUAACCUUAGAAUUUAUAAAGUUUAUAUAUUACCUGGUAAUAUAUAUGCACACUGGUUAAAGCACUUAAGGAAAUACUGCAUUUUGACCUUCAUGUGUUUGGGAUAGAUUCUUUUAAACAGAGUGGAGCACACACUGGAUAUGUUUGAAUGUAUUUACUUAGUUUUUUAAAAAUUGUUACAUUUGACAGGAAGAUCCAGAGUCACUAGUGAACUGCCCUCCUGUCUGAAAUGGCUUAAAUGUAAUUAAACAUUGAGAUUCAGUUUCUUAGUUGUUGGCAUGAGAGGAUGCCAAUACCUGAAACCACAGUAUAAGUGAAUGAUGAAGCUGUGCACAGCACUGUCAGGAGGUGCCAUUUACUGUAAACACCCUGUAAGAAAGUCAGGGACAACUAAACUCACAACUGUCCUGCUAAGCACUUAAAAUGAUUUCCAUUCUGUUUUACCAAUUGGGAAAACCUUAAUGUUUAAUAUUUAAACUAUUGGUAUCAUUUUUCUAAUGUACAAUUUGUGUUAAUAAAAUAUGUACAAUGGUGAUAAGUGUUACAAGUAAAAUUCAAACAAGCUUUGGAAAUAACAACUUUCGUAUUUUCAGAUGUUAUGGAUUUAAUAAGUAGUUAUGUUUAAAUUCAGAGUAGUUAACCUCUGAUCUAAAACCUUCAAUAUGUAUGUUUAGGGUAAUAUAUGAAUAUUUCAGUAACGUAAAUUGUUUGAAAAGGUUGCUGCAGGUAAAGUUUAUAUUUCAACUCUAAGAUCUUGGCCAAAUAAUUUACAAUUCAAAGAAUAUUUUAUUUAGGGAGGUGCUUUUUUUCUUUAGAAUUUGAUUUUUCUUAAUUAAGGCGUUGUGUUGCCAAAUAUGUGGUAAAUUUAGUGAGGAAAAAAGCUCAACACUAGUUGAGUAUCAUUAUAGGCAAAACUACUGAGAGUCUAUGCUGCUUCUUUUAAUAAUGAGCAGAAUAAAAUAAAUUUUGAUCCAGUCAAUCUAAAUCACAUUUUAAAUGUCUGCAUGUUUGAUACUAGUUUUAAAAUCAUGCUGGUGCCAAGGUUUACUAAAUGUCUUAAAAUUGGCCCAUUGGAGCUGUUUUAAGUCCAAAAGUUGAUUCAGUAUAUAAGCAAAAUAUGAUAAAAACUUGUUGAAAAUCUUAAGUUGGAAAACGAAAUAAAUCUUGAUUUAAAUUCUUGGGAGUAUUCAGUAGUUGAUAUUGAAUAUUGAUGACUUCCUUUUAAAACAUUUUUCUGCAUUUGCAUAAAGUUGCAGGCCACAAGGUGAAUUGUUUGUUGUAUCUGGGCACUAACAAGUAUGGGUGAAUAUGUGACAUAUAUAAUCUUAAUUAAUAAAAACCAGAUUGGCCCAACUAAUCAUUUCAGCAAUAUAAAUAAUCAUUUUCUAUAUUUUCAAAAUAAAACUUUCUUUCAUUCCUAGUUCUUUUAUAACUAGCAUCUUUUGUUAAGGAAAUGAACUGACUUUGUAUUGCUUUUUAAAGUCAUACAUACCAAAAAUAUUUUUGUUCCAUUUCCUUUCAUGAAUAAAAUGAUUUUUGACAUGAUUAAUUUUGAUUUUUCUUUUAAUUUGAAGAAAAUCUUUGCUACUUUUAUUUUCUCCAAAAUUCUUUGGCAUUUUAAGAAUGCUAGUAGCAUCAUUUCUAAAUUUGCAGUAAUUGGCAAGUUUAAUUACAGUAUAUUUAUUUAAGUAUUUUAAGACUGGAUUCAUAAAGCAGUGGCAAGCAAUUGGAAAGUGUAUGUGGAGAAUUCUGGAUUUGGUUAGGAAGCACUUCAGUUGUCUCUUGCAUAGUUCACAGGUGAAUGAAUGUUCCCUGGGAUUUUGUAAUGCUUUGUUUUGAAAGAGAAAAACGUGCAUUUGAAAUGUGAUUAUCUAAUUUCUGCAACACUGGACUACUAGGAAUAACUUUUUAAAAUAUAAUUGUUCUAUAUAAAUAAACUUUGAAAUUCAAGUACAAAAGGUAUCUGAACAAAAAGCAUUGUCUUUUGGCCAUGGUAAAGGUGCACCGUGGCAGUGCCGUUUGCUCAGGUCCCAACUCUGCAGCCCUUCUGGGUGUGCUUCCUCUCAGAGUUCGUUUGCCAUUUUUACACACACAGGCCUUCUCGUCUGGUCCUUGGAAACGCCGGGCUUCCAAAGCACUGUUGAACACUGAGGAGUCUAUUGUUGAUGUGGAUGUUCAAUGAGUUGUAUUUUAAAUAUCAAAGAUUAUUAAAUAAAGAAUGUUUGCUUUUUUUA